AUGGAGAAGCAAUAUUCGUGCCAGUACUGCAACAACCGCUUCAAGAACAAGAAUGAGGCGGAACGGCACCAAAAUUCGCUCCAUCUGCGACGCCAUUCGUGGUCAUGCGCAUCGCUAGUCUCGUUCCAGUCUGCAUUCCAUGGUUCGGGAUCGCCAACCUGCCAAACAAAUGCCGGUCCAUCGCACGAUACAUGCGGUUAUUGCGGUGAGGAGUUCCCAAACUAUCCUCGGCCGGAUUGGGAUCGUCGGUUUGAACACUUGACGACCGUGCACAAGUUCGGCGAAUGCAAUAAUGCGAAGAAGUUCUUCCGUGCCGAUCACUUCCGUCAACACUUGAAACAUAGCCAUGCGGGGACGAGUGGGAAGUGGACCAAUAUCCUCGAAAAUGCUUGCAUGAAGGAAGAGCAGCCACCGGAGCGACGAGACAGAAGUGGUUCAGGGGCUAGUAAUGGCCCACAAAUAAAUCCUGGAUCUUUGACAUCCAAUACAAUUGAUGAGGUUCUGGAAUGA